GAGCCGCGAGCUCUCUUCCCCCAAAACAUCCAAACCCUACCCGCCGUGCUACCAUCCACCUUCCCCCCUGCCGGCGCGGCGCCCACCCAAAACCCCAGCAAAAACCCGGCGGCGGGAGGGGGAGAUAGAUGGCGUCGGAGGAGGAGACGAGCCGGCUGUUCCGCAUCCGCCGCACGGUGAUGCAGAUGCUGCAGGACCGCGGCUACCUCGUGAUGGACAAGGACAUCGACAUGUCCAGGCCCGACUUCGUCGGCCGCUACGGGGACCCCGUCAACCGCGAGAACCUCGUCAUCUAUUGCAGCAGGAAGGGCGACACCGCCGACCAGAUCUACGUCUUCUUCCCCAAGGACCCCAAGCCCGGGGUGAAGACGAUCAGGAACUACGUGGAUAGGAUGAAACAGGAGAGCGUCUUCAACGGCAUCCUCGUCGUGCAGCAGGCGCUCAGCGCGUUCGCCCGCAGCGCCGUGCAGGAGGUCUCCCAGAAGUACCACCUCGAGGUCUUCCAGGAAGCGGAACUACUUGUGAACAUUAAGCACCAUACUCUAGUGCCAGAGCACGAGCUCCUGACGCCUGAGCAGAAGAAGACGCUGCUGGAGCGAUACACCGUGAAAGAAACUCAGCUCCCCCGGAUUCAAAUUACUGAUCCAAUAGCAAGAUACUAUGGCAUGAAGCGUGGGCAAGUUGUAAAGAUCAUCCGAAACAGCGAGACCGCCGGAAGAUAUGUGACCUACCGCUAUGUUGUGUGAGCUUCACUACAUUUCACACCUGGACCUAUGCAGCGAAUAUUACCAGUGGAAAUAUGCCUCUGUUGCUAGUUCAUUCCUGUAGCAGAACAUUCUUGUUGGCAAGUAACAGAAGUACUGAAUUGUCUUGUUUCUCUUGUUUUAGAGCUUGUUGGACAUAGCGUUGUUAGCAAUAGACGUAGGGUUAUUAAGCCGUGUUCCAUUUCACGCACUAGAUCAUUCGUGGCUAUCUGAAUGGUUGAUUGGGGCAAUCCGUUUCACCCUUCUUGCCCGUAUAUGAUGUUUGUUUGAUUGAAAAAUGCCAUAAGCAUGCCUUCCGGGACCAUUGUUUGCCGCAUGUGCAAUAGAGCAGCUGAUAUGAAAGCAUGAGGGAACAUGGGAUGUGCAUAUAUCUGUAGCAUGGAUUUCUUGUCGGUUGGACGGAUCUUGUAUGGCUAACACAGUAAACUACACCAGGAGCAAUGCAAUCUGUGUUUCACCUUCAACGGAUUGUAUCA